AAAAUCUCUCACAUGAAACAGUUGCCGAGAAUGGUUAUACGAGCAAAGACAUAAAAAAACUUGCUGAAACGUAGAAGCCUAACAAAAUCGCGAAAUCGACGACGCUAAAAUCGAACGAUGCAUUUGGAUUUGUUUUUGUUACUAUCAGUGGUGUUACCUUUAAGUGCUUACCUCGUUUUAAAGUAUCUGAAUAAAAUUAAUUUUUGGCGCCGCCAAAAUGUGCAAACGGCCAGUGUCUUCGGUCUGCUGAAAAGGACUUGGGAAUCACACCUGCAUGUGGCUAUUCACGAGCUGUAUAUGCAGAUGUGCGAUCAAGCGCAACCAUGCCAGGCUAUUGAAACUCUGGCUACCACCGCCUUGGUGGUCCAAGAUCAAAAUGCCAUACAGGAUAUACUUGUUACACAGUUUGAUAACUUCAAUGAAAGGGGUUUCUAUGUGAAUCGCAAAGAUCCUUUGGUCUCAAAUCUAGGGCGUGUGGAAUAUGAUCUAUGGAAGCCUAUGCGGCGAACAUAUGCCUCUUCGCUGACAGCAGCCAAAACCAAAGAAUAUUUUGUGCUAUUCCAAAAACUAGGCGAUCAAAUGUUGCAUGUAUUCAACAACGCCAUGUCGUCAAACCAAGGCGUCCUGGAUGCCUAUGAUGUGUGUCAACGUUAUGCCAUUGAUUUAAUAGCCAAUGUCGGAUUUGGUUUACAACUGAAUUGCCUUGCGAAUCCAAAAUCCCAAGCCCGUCAGUACACCAUAAAAGCAGUGCGUGAAUCCAUACGUCCAUUUUUCGAUCAAUUUAAAAAGACCUUCUCCAAACUCUUACAAUUGCUCGAUAUCAAAUAUCACAGUCAAACAACCAUAGAUUUUUUCUCAAACAUAAUGAAUGAGUCUUUGAAGGCGCGACGUAGUGAUUUUAUUAAAAAUUUACUGGAGGCAAGUGAUGAUCCGGAUUUGAAGUUGAGCCGUGAACUUAUGUUGGAUCAAGUUUUUGGAUUUUUCACCGCCGGUUUCGAUAACACCUCUACGGCCAUGACUUAUGCAUUGUACGAGUUGGCCAAAGAUCCAGAAAUUCAAGAAAAAGCUAGGAAAGAAGUCACAGCGGUCAUUGGCAGAUAUGCAAAUGAAAUCACCUAUGAGAGUCUAAAGGAGAUGACUUAUGUUUACCAAGUCAUACAGGAAACUUUGCGAAAAUAUCCUGUUGGACAUAUGCUGCCAAGAACUUGCCUACGUCCCAGCACCAUUAGGACAGCUACCACCUCCAUUGAAAUUCCAGCACAUACCACCAUUAUUAUACCCACCUAUGGAAUUCAUCAUAAUCCCAGAUUUUAUCCGGAACCCGAUAAAUUUCGCCCAGAACGCUUUGAGGAAGAGGAGAUAGCUAAAAGGCCAGCUUGCAGUUUUCUUUCAUUCGGUGAUGGGCCUAAAAUUUGUGUGGCUCUACAAUUCACGCGCGCCAAUAUGGUGUAUCAAUUGGCCUUAAUAUUGUCACAUUAUCGACUGUAUCUUACUAAAGGAACACCAGAUAUAUUAAAAUUCGAUAGAACGCGAAUGUUUACUCUAAGUCCCUUGGGUGAUAUUUUCUUGAAAGUAGAAAAUAUUUAAGCUAAAAAAACAAAAUUAAAAUUAGGAUAAUUGAUUAAGAAAUUAUGCAUAUAAAAACAAAUCAUUUUAUGAAUAAGUUAUUGCCGAGUUCGAGUUCUCUUUGUAGAGAGAUGAGAAAUAUUUACUGAAUAAUCUUUUACGAAAUAAAUAAAUAUAUUGUGGUAAGCAGAACACAUAA